GUGCCACGGGCCCAACAACUAAAAGUGAGUGUUGCCCCGUCAAUGUCGCCGGAGCUAAGAAAAGCAAAGAAAACCAUUGGCUUCUCUCUUCCCUCCACCCCUGGCUUCCUCCCCUCCCCAUUUUCUGCUCCAAUUCGCUGCCUUUUUUUAGUUUAUUUUGCAUCAUUGCAUGCGUUCAAUUCUUGGAGAGAAAGUUUGGGUUUCCGCUUCUUUUCUGUGUGUUCGAUCAGGUGGUUUCAAUGGGUGGUGGCGGAACGUUGAUCUCGGUUUAUCCCGAGGAGCUCACCUUCUUGUUUGAGCUGGACAAGGCGUGCUAUUGCAAUCUAAAGGUGGUGAACAACAGCGAGCACCAUGUCGCAUUCAAGGUCAAGACGACAUCACCGAGGAAGUAUUUCGUCCGGCCGAACGCGAGCAUCGUCCAGCCAUGGGAUUCUUGCACGAUAACGAUUACGCUUCAGGCACAGAAAGAGUACCCACCAGAUAUGCAAUGCAAGGAUAAGUUCUUGAUUCAGAGCACGAAGGUGCCUGCCAGUACUGACAUGGACGAAAUCCCCCCCGAUACUUUCAACAAGGAAGCCGAUAAGGUAAUCGAGGAAAUGAAGCUUAAGGUCGUUUACACAUUACCUAGUGGAGGUUCAGACGACUCUAGUGUUUCAUCUUUAGGAAGCAGGAGCUUCAAAGCAGCGUCUGAUGAUCUGACGAUGCUGAAGAACGCAAGCAUUGAAGAGAUCCAGACAAUUCAGCGCCUAAAGGAUGAAAGAGAUAACAUGCUUCAGCAAAAUCAGCAAAUGCAACGUGAAUUGGAUGUGCUCCGGAGGCGUCGGAGCCGCAAAGGCGACACGGGUUUCUCCUUGACGUUCGCUGCGUUCGCUGGCCUAAUAGGUGUUCUGGUCGGACUCCUGUUGAGCCUCAUCUUCUCUUCCCCGCCGGGCACUGCUUGAUGAGAUGCAGAGGUUGCAGCAAAAAUGUUCAGAUCGACGCUACGAUGAACUCUGGAAAAGAGACCCGUCUUUCUAUUUUAGUCCCCACUGCUAUUCUUUUCUUCUUUUGGGUUGUAGUUUUAUGUGAAACGAUAACGGGCUGCAUGCGGUGUUAUCACCCGUGCUUGCUUCAUCUUCCAUUUGUAUUUGCCCCCUAUUUUUUUCUAAUUCUUUUUUGCAUUUAGUUUGGUAUACGUAUAUGUGUAGCUGUAUGCAUUCACCGACUGGAAAUGUAAAGAGGUCGUCUUUGUAGGGGUAUCAAGAAAGAGUAUUGAUGCCGAUAGUUUUGAACUGCACCUCACAAAUUCUGAAGUGGCAAAGAGUAUGCGUGGAUUGUUCAUCUGAA